CGUUCGACAGCGCCUCUGUAGGAGACCCGGGGAUUCCUGUAGUGAGGUCAAAUCUUGAUAGAAUUUUAGAGUUUAGUCCCGCUGCGUGUGUCGUAUUGUAAACACCGUUCCUACCGUGUGUAAGUGCGCGCGCUGCUCUCUCGCGACUAGGUUUAACGAGGAUCGUGCCGUUUUCCGCGUUUAGUGUGCAAAUGUGCAACGACUGCUGCGGAGAUAUCACGGCGUUCGUCGCAGCGUGACAAUCAGCGUGCGUGUGCGUGCGUGACCAGGAAGAAAGUGUCAAAGUACUUAGCAAGUUGAAGCGGGGUUACGAGUGCAGUGACAUGCCGUGUUAGGCUCAAGUAAAGAGUUGAAGAUACAGUGAGACCAAAACGGUGAAAAAGUGAUUAGUGUGUAAUCUUGCAAGUGAUUAGGAAGUUCGAGGAUGAUGAUGAAUGCUUUUAUGGACUCCAGCUCGACUGCUCAUCACACUCAUUUGGCCACGUUCGGGAUUAAAAUGUCUCCGGAUCAUUUGGAGCAGAGUGACGUCGAGAGUGCCAGCACAACCGGGAGCAGUAUGUUGCCACCGUCGACGGGCAGUUCCAACACGCAAAGUGACAUGCAGUCCUUCUAUCAAUCAUCGGCCUCGGCGGCGGCCGCGGCCAACGCUGGCAGUACUUACAACUCGCACCAUCUAUCACCGCCUUCGCACAUGAGUCACAUGGCCCCGUAUCACUCGAGGGACUUCCUCGCGUUGAAGCGUGACAAUGACUAUUUCAGUUCCUCGGCGGCGGUAGCUGCGGCCGGCGCCGCCAGUGCCGACCCAACGUCCCUGUUUCAUCACCCGGCGGUGCACGAUAACCUGAACCAUCACUCGGCUACAUCGCUCAGCAAUCAUCACUUUCACCAGCACCAGAUGCGUAUGGGACUGCCGACGGACUACGCCCAUCCGUACCACCAGAGCAACUAUGCCUCGGUUCAUCACCAGCAUCUGGCGAAUCUCCCCGUCAAUCCGGGCACCUCCGGAGCAUUCUUCCGGUACAUGCGCCACCCGCCGUCCAUCAAGCAGGAGAUGCAGUGUCUUUGGGUAGAACCGGACAUUCCCCACCACCAUCUCGGACUGGGCUUGACCGCGCUCCACGCCGUGGCCGCCGCUGCCGUCUCCGAUGGCAGUCGGAAAACGUGCAACAAGGUGUUCCACUCGAUGCAGGAGAUUGUGACCCACCUGACGGUGGACCACGUCGGCGGCCCGGAAUGCACAACCCACGCCUGCUUCUGGCUCGGUUGUACCCGCAACGGGCGGCCUUUCAAGGCCAAGUACAAGCUGGUCAAUCACAUCCGGGUGCACACCGGAGAAAAGCCGUUCCCCUGCCCGUUUCCGACCUGCGGCAAAGUGUUUGCCCGUUCCGAGAACCUCAAGAUCCACAAGCGAACCCAUACCGGUGAAAAGCCGUUCAAGUGCGAGCACGAGGGCUGCGAUAGACGAUUCGCCAACUCAUCGGAUAGAAAGAAACAUUCACACGUCCAUACGUCCGAUAAGCCGUAUAACUGUCGUGUUAAUGGUUGUGAUAAAUCUUACACUCAUCCAUCAUCGCUGAGGAAACACAUGAAGGUCCACGGAAGUUUAGGAGAAAAGUCACCAUCGCACAACUACGACAGCGACGGUGAGGAGUCGAGCUCGGACAGCAUCAUCACCGGCGGAACGCAGACUCCGCCGUCGUCGAUCAGUCGCCUGCAUGACAGUCACAACUCGAGCAAGCUGAGCAGCGAAUCGAUCAACAACAACAACAACAAUAAUAGCAGCAGUAACAACAACAACAAUACCAAGUCCCCCUCCAUCAGCAGUCACCUUCUGUCACCGGUCGGUGGCGGUUCCUCCACGACGUCCUCCUCCACGAACAGUGCCCUGUCCCACCUGAGCAGCCAAAACCAGCACGGACAUCUGCACCACUCCAGCAUCCACCAGCAUGCCUCGCACCACCACCACCACCACCAUCCGCAUCACCACCUGGCGCAGAACCACCCUAGCAGUCUAGCGCCACCCCAGCUCCAGCUGACUCCGGCGUCCUCGGUGUCGCCCCAGGCAACGGCCACCGCCGCCUCGUCCAUGCUCGUUGGCCACCACAACCACCCGCUCCUCUACCACCAUCCGCAGCACCACCCUAACGACUGGUACUCCGCAACGCCACCGUCCGGCCCGGACACCAUGAACCACCUGAACCACUUUAGCCAUCACCACCAUCACCUGGUGCACCACGGGCCCACGACGGCCUACUGAGAACAGCUGCUGUUUGACGAGCUCUGCUUCAACUACUGAAACAGAGGCGGCGCUGCAGUGCAUGCUUUAAUUGUACUUGUUUCAUCACCCACACACUCACACACACACACACAUCAACUGUCACUAGCGCAAACGAAAACAAUGGAAAUAUACGUAACACUAAAGCAAAACCAAACAAACCAAAACACUCCUAGCUUUGUAAACAAAAGUAAUAGAAUCAAGAGAGAGGGGAAAGCGAUGUUGUGCGCGCAACACGAGUUGGGUUUUACGCCGCGAACUGUCAAAAUUCUAACCUUAAAAAACGCGGGCGUCGGCGUAAAACCUAACAUAGAUCGGGGAAAUAUCUACCAUUUUGUGCCUGCUUGAGCUCACCGCCGAAACCACGGAAACACACACACAGUAAACAAUUGCAAACCACAGACAAGCAGGCUUGACAAUGUGUCUCGUCUGCUUGUCUGCGUUUGCGCGCGCGCGCACACCAACCACAAACAAUAGGCAAAAAGUUAUGAUCUUUGCGUUAAAUUUCGCCGUGUAAAUAGUAACUAAACUAGUAAUUGGUUUUCUCUCUCAGAAAUCUGUGUGAUAUGGACUUUCUCCAGCUAAGUUGAAGAAGGGGAAGAAGAAAUCGAGUAGGCUUCUCACAUUUGUACAUAGACUAGCGAAAUCGAAGUGAGCGAUGACUUUUUUUUGGGUCUGUUUCGACGUGUAAAAAGAAGUUUUAACUAAGCAGGUUUCUAAGAAUUUUAGAGCAUGGCGCGCGAACGCGCGCACCUUAUUUGUAUUUAUUUUUUUGUUUUUUUUUCGGUAAGAACAUUUUACAUUACACCUUAUUUUUUUGUUUCGAAAGAUGUGCAGUUUUUCCUAAUAUGAUGAUAAGAGCAAAAUUUAAUAUAUGCGAACAAAAACACACACAAUUUUAGUAGAAGAAAGCUAGUUUAAGGAAAAAUUCUCGCUAUUUCAGUAAAAGUAAAUUAUAUACUUAAAAAUUUGAAGAAAAGGUAGCUAUUAUAUAUAUUUAAAGUAUAUUCAAUAUAUGGCAGACGUGGUGGAGAGAAAAGGAAAGAAAAUGAAACCCUCGACGAGAGUUGUUUGGAGCUAAUAAACA